AUGUCCAGUCCGCAGAUGGGACAGCCACCAGUGAAGCAGGACUCAAGAGUCCCUGCAAACCCCAGACAGAGCAACUACAAUGCACCUUUCAGCAGUGGGAACACACAGAACAAGCCAGUACCCCCAAGUAGCUACUCUCAGAUGGGUCAGCAGCAGCAGUCAGGUUACAGACCGAGACAGGACAACCCACCAGAGCCUCCUCUUUACUCCCAGCAGUCUAAACCCACUCCCCCUCCAAGCAGACCAAGUCCUGGUCCUGGACCACAGAAGCAGAGCACAUCCUGGAAGUUUAGAACCACCACCAACACUGGGCCACAGAAACAGCUGAUGGAAGACAGAGACACAUAUCAAACUCAAAAUACCUCUCAGUCUCAGGUACAACAUGUAAGUAAUCUGUGCUAAUUAUAGUUUAUAGUUUAACGUACUGUAGGACCCUCAAACUCAACUCUGGACCUCGAAGCCAGUUCCACUGUGUUUUUUAAUUGUUCCUCUCUAAUCAGGGACUGAUUUAGACCUGGGCCACCAGGUGGGUGCAGUUCAUUAUCUGGUAGAACAGAAAACCAGCAGGCCUUACCUCGUAGAGUAAGAGUUGAAUACCCUUGCUGUAGGAAAACAAAGGUUUCCGUAGAUUACUUACCAUAAAAUAACAAUUAUAUCGUUUUCAUAUUUAACCCAAUUGUAGAUAUGUUUAAUCAAGUAAAAAUGACAGCUCAUUUAUCGUAAAUACCUUUUAUCAUGCUAGUCUUGUAAAAUGUAUGUUCAAUGCUAGAUCAGUGAUUUAAAGCAUUAAUGUCUCCUAUAUUGGGAAGACUACAUCUGUGUUCCAGGUCAAACCAGCAACUGAGAACUCUCUGAGGAUCCUGACUGCUGUCAUUGAUGGCAUUAGACACUGGAGCCAGUUCAAGGACAGAGCCCCAUACCUAUUUGAGAUUUUCGGUAAGUUCUCAGGAAGUGUCACUUCUCUAACAUUGUAUUUACUAUUACCGGUACUGUGUACACAAUUUUUAUAAUGUAUAUUUUAUUCUAUUAAUUCAUAUUCUAUGUUCGUCCCACAGCCACUCUUGACUCUGCAGUUACCGGCGGAUCUCAUGGAGCUAAGAACUUCCUCAUGAGAGAUGGGAAAGAGGUGGUGCAGUGUGUCUUCUAUGAAAAUGUGAGUCAGAAAAACACUUCCUCUUUAGUAGAAAAUUGAGACAUACAGUUACAGGGCUGUCUAGAGUUAAUCAGAGGACACCAUUAAAUUACUUAAUGUUCAGCACAUGUAUUGGAGAGUUUUUAAAGGCCUAAAAAAUCCACAGUUCUUUUCGAUAUCAAGAACUUUGUAGACCAGAAUUUUCUUUCGACAUGAUUCUUACCAGCUGCUACUGAUCAUCAGCAUUAUAAAGCAGUAGUUUGUUUUUCGACAUGGCUGGAGGAUAUGGAUUCUCAAAUCGUACUGUAUCUCCAGGGUGGAUACCCAUUAUGUUACCUUUACCGUGUUGUGCUGGAUGUAUACCCUUUUUGUCUAAUGCAUCUCUGCUCUAUCCCCACCAGGAGCUGGAGCUGCCCAGGCUGAUCCGAGGCCAGGUGCACCGCUGUGUGGGGAACUACGACCGCACCAGGGACAUCCUCACCUGUGUGUCUGUCAGGGCCGCUCUGCCCUCAGAGCAGAGGAACGCACAGGAGUCUAUCAAAGCGUCGGACGCUGAGAUGAGGGACCUGGUGAAAUCACUCAGUGAAGUCUGA